CUCAGCGCUCUGGGCAACGUCAUAUCUGCCCUCACCGACGCCGCCGCCUCCCACGUGCCCUACCGAGACUCCAAGCUCACGCGCCUGCUGCAGGACAGCCUGGGCGGCAACUCCAAGACGGUCAUGAUUGCCAACGUGGGACCCGCGGUCUACAACUUUGAGGAGACGCUGAGCACGCUGCGCUACGCCUCUCGCGCCAAGUUCAUCAAGAACAAGCCCAAGAUUAAUGAGGACCCCAAGGAUGCCAUGCUGCGUGAGUUCCAGGCCGAGAUCGCCCGCCUCAAGGCUGAGCUG